AAAAAAAUAAUAAAUGAUGUGGAGUUGCAAAAAGUCGGCGGAAAUGUGACCAGAAUUCGAAAAACACUCAAAGGAGAAAUGCUGCUGGAGUUUAAGCAAAGUGCAAAGGAUAAAAACACUGCUUACCAGCAAUUGGUGGAAAAAGCGCUCGGACAGGAGGCUAGUGUCAAACUAAUGACGAAGCGGACAAAGAUCGAGUUUAAGGACCUAGAUAAAGUGACCUCGGCGGACGACUUAAUAGUUGCCAUAAAUACGAGGUUCAGCAGCAUGAGUAUCAAGAAGGCAGUAGUAAUGUCAAGUAGGAAGGCAUAUGCCGGCACACAAACUGCAAUUAUUUCAGUGCCAACAAAAAUACCUAAGAAGUUACUUGAAGCCGGGAAAAUCAAGGUUGGUUGGGUAGUAAGCAGGAUUAGAGAAAAAUCCGCAGCGCUGAUAUGCUAUAGAUGCUUCGAGGAAGGCCACAUUGCUAGAAACUGCAAAGAAGAGAAGGAUAGAAGCUAUCUAAAAUGCAGCGAAGAAGGUCACCGAGCAAGAGACUGCAAUAAAAGUCCGUGUUGUGGGAUUUGCAAGAAACAAGGCAAGCCUCACUGGCCGGCAGAAAUUUCUCGGUAAACAUACGCGAUGCUAACAAAGGAAAGAUAUGAAGUGUAUGCAAAUAAACAUAUAUCACUGUCAGGCUGCACAAGAGGUGCUAAAACAGAAUGUCAGAGAACUCUCUCUAGUAGUCUUAAGUGAGUUACACAAAGUGGGCACCGGAAUCAGGUGGGCAAAGGACAAGACUGGCACUGCAGCCUUUUGGCAAUGCAGCUCGCAUCCGCCAACCAUAAGAUUUAUCUCAGCAGGGGAGGGCCACGUUUGUGUUAAAUAUAGAGAGGUUUACCUUUAGUAUAAACCACGCGGAUUUCGAAAAGCGAAUAAAUGAGCUAUGUAGAGACGCAAGGGGGAAAACACCGGUAAUAUUCUCCGGUGAAUCUGGAAACUACAGCAGAGCAAACAAGUGAAUAUGAACUACCUCUCAGGGGUCCCAAAUGGAAACCAGAAUCUUUUGACGAAGCACUCUUCAAGCAUUUUUGGAAGAAGCCUCCUUUGCGGAGGUUAUAGCACGGAUUAUAAACGCCUGUGAGGGUUC